AUGGGUGGAAACGUGUCCGUCCAGUUGCCAAGCGUCGCGAGUGUACGAAUCGUCGAACUUGCCGACAUCGAAGACAGGUUUUUUCGCUAUAAAUUUUGUGAUAUUCAUCAAUGUCAACGUUUUCAGAGAAAAUUUCGCCAAGUGCUCGAGUAGAUGCGCCAGGUUCAACGCGUCGGUCAAAUGUGUCUACGAGCAAUUCGCAGUGAGACAGAACGAGGAUUACGUCGAAUUUACACGAUUCGGAGUGAGAAGCGCCGAACCGAGAGAUGUAAUUAAUCGAUUCGAGUCUGUCGUGGACGCCAUUGAAGCUCUGAAAACAAUGCUCUCCCGGAAAUCGAGUAUUCUCAUGUUGAAGGUGAAUGCAGAACAUUAUUCGUUCGGACACCCUCGAGAAGAACUGGACAGGUUGCUGCGCUCACUCGGAUAUCAGUUGAACGUCCGGCAGGUGCAAGUAACCAGUUUUACGCUGCCCCUAUGUCUCCCGACUGUUCUCAAGCAUCUGUGCCCGAGAACACUAAAGUCGUGCUCGGUGGAUAACACCUAUUCGUGGACCAGUCCGGAAGUUUACAAAACGGAGGCGUGGAAACAACUGGAGGAACUAUCGAUUUGUGGCAAUAUCAUUUCAUUCGAACACUGCUGGCACAUUCCGAUACUCACACUUGAUGAAUUCGGAGGGUAUCUCGAGAAGGAAGAAGUUCAGAACAUCACUCGGGUAACCAUUUUCUAUUCGAUCCACAAAAACCACAAAAACAAUUUCAGCAUUUUCUCGAAGACGAUCAAUUGAAAGUGUGGAAGUAUCAGGGAUUUCCAAUGUACGAGGAUAAAAUCGAGGAGCUGUUCGGAUACAUCAGGCCGGCGAAUCGUGACGGCGAGAACUACAAGUUCGACUUCUCCGCCAAACUUCCUCUAUUUGUUUUUUGUCAUGAUACAUUUGUGAUUUUUAGUAGAAACAGGAAUGAAGCGGUAUCCUUUUAUUUUUGUGAUUCUUUUUCUUCUUCUCAUCAAGACGUUCAUUGUCUACCAGGGAUGUUGGGUUGCAGAACAGGCGCCUGUUGCAGGGAAACGUUUUCUGAUAGCUGAUUCUUUUUUUUUUGAAAAUUCAAGUCAGGCAGGAAAAAACUGGUUUUUACCUGCAAAUUCUUCAUUAAAAUUAGUUUUUUGCAAUAAAAGUUGAUUUUUGCAUUGUCUUAACAUAACCAUUACUCGUUUGCGUUUCAGAAACUUCGAAAAAUGGCUCGUUGAUCACUUUGCUCACGGUGAUUUCUCUUUGGGGUCUCGCGGAGGUUUCUAG